AUGAAUCAUAUAUCAGUAAUUAAUAAAAAUCGACUUCUGUCUGCUCUGGAAAAUAAGUCAAGACCGUUGAUCACUAUAUCAAAUCAUCGUAGUAACAUGGAUGAUCCUUUAAUUUGGUGUCUGUUCACGUGGCGUGAAUUCUUCUCCAACAUAUCAAGAUUUCGGUAUACUUUGGCAGCACAUAACAUAUGUUUCACAAAAACAUGGCAUACUUGGUUCUUUUCAUUGGGUAAAUGUGUACCAGUUGUGCGCGGUGAAGGUGUUUAUCAAAAAGGAGUUGAUUUUUGCAUUGAAAAACUUGCAGAAAAUCAGUGGAUUCAUAUUUUUCCCGAAGGUAAAGUAACGCCCAUUCCGAUACGGAUCAAAUGGGGUGUAGCGCGUAUGAUAAUGGAAAGUCCAAAUCCUCCUAUACUUCUACCUAUAUGGAUACACCAAAUGGCUGACGUCUGGCCACAAUCAAAGCCAUAUUACCCUAGAGUAGGAAAGCAUGUCACAGUGUUGAUAGGCUGUGAGGUGGAUAUGAAGGAACAUAUGUGGAGGUUUCGCACUGGCUCCGAACGUGAAAGGCGAAAAGCCCUUGCUGAUUUUGUGCAGGAAAAAUUGUUUAACCUUGGUGCUCAAAUUGAUCAAACAAAGUUUUAG